AUUUCAAAACACGUGUUUUUCUGAGUAUUUGUGGAGUUUUUACUGCGGGUGUGUAGAUCGGCGGAGUGAUACCACAGUGCAGCUCAGGAAGAGGCGACGAGACUCGGCCGGUUAACGAAGCUCAUGUUAGUCGUUCGUCCAUGUUGCUUUUAACGUACGGUAGAAUAUCCACGGUGCUUUUAGUCUGACAUGAUAUUAGAGUGAAAACCCUCUUCGACACAUCCCGCUCGAUGUUUAUGGAUGGUCCGAAGUCAACGUGUCUUUGAACGGAACUACAGGUAACGUAACGAAAAUGCCUUUACACGGGAAAAUAGUGGUGAUCAAGAGGAGUGGAGGCGACGGCACCGAGUUUCCUCUCACUGCCACAUGCUUGUUUGGAAGGAAACCUGACUGUGACAUUCGUAUUCAGCUUCCUCAAGUCUCCAAGGAGCACUGCAGAAUUGACCUUAAUGAAAAUAAAGAGGUUGUUUUGACAAAUUUGAGCUCAGUGAAUCCGACCCGAAUCAACGGGGAGGCUCUGCAGCAGUCUGAGCGUUUGAAGCAUGGAGAUCUAAUAACAGUUAUUGACCGUUCUUUCAGGUUUGAGUAUCCUCCAGCCCCAACACCAAAGAAGAGAUCCACCACAGGAGGCAAAACUGAAACCCUCAAAGUUCUUCAAGAUCAGCAAGUGGUGGACACUGUCACUGUUGAAACAGGAGAAAAGAAGAUCUCUGAAGUGUUCACAGAUGGAACAAAUCAUGACAACAUUCAACGAACCCUGGACAACACAGUGGAGGUGGAGUCCAAGGAGGAUGCCACCCUGCAGCAAAACAAGACCAACUCCCCAUUCAGUGAUCUGUAUCAAAUGAUCAAAAAGUCUCUGGAUGUCAAGACCCCACGCAAGUCUUCUGUCAGUUUGCUUCAAACUCCUGCCUCAAAGUUUUGCACCCCAAAACCUGCAUCUGUCAGGAAAAGUGGUGUAAAACCUGUCAUUUUCAAAGAAGACAAAGACACCUCUAAGAUUGAGAAUGAGGCUGAAGUCAUUCCUGAAGCUGAAGAAAUCAAGGGGCAAGAUGAGAAUUGUGAUACUGGGACUCCAAAGUCUGUCAAGAAGCAGAGGAAGUCCUUCCAGAAAUCUUGUGAGAAUCCCGGACCUGCAGCUGAAGGAGUUGAUCAUGCGAUCAAGUCCGAAACAACUUCACCUCAGAGGAGAAACCGUGUAACCCCCCAGAGGUUUAGUGCGGCAGAGAUUGUUGAGCAAGUUUGUGCUGAAUCUCCAAAGUCACCAUUGAGAAGAAGCAGCAGAGAGACCACACCAGUUAAAUCUGCAGUGACUGCUGUCAACACUGAACAAGUUCAAAGGAAAUCACCAAGAAACUCUGGGAAAGCUGAACAAGUAAAUGAGGUGACCAAAAAGCGCAAAAGUGGAAAACUUGCAGCUGACUUGCCCACAUCACAAAUGAAGAGGAAGCGUGUUUCCUUUGGAGGUUACCUGAGCCCAGAGUUGUUUGAUAAACGACUUCCUCCUGACUCUCCAUUAUGCAAGGGAGCCUCUCCACGGAGAAGCUUGUGUCUGCAUAAGCCCAAACAGUCACUCCUGACACGAGCAUCAGCCAUUGGACUCUUGAAGCCAUCAAGCACCAAGAAUGCUUCACCUAAGGGCUCUACAACUGGGAAGAAGUCACCAAACUCAAAGUCCUCUUCUCCCAAGGCAGCAUCUCCUGGAAGGAAAUCACCAAACUCAAGGUCUUCUUCUCCCAAGGCAGCAACUCCUGCAAAGAAAUCGCCCAAGACCCCAUCUUCUGUAAGAGGAAGUUCUCCCUCAACUCCCACAGUGCAAGGGCGCUUCUCUGUGUCCCGCAUCAGCACACCAUCCCCAGUUGCAGAAGACUCUGUCACUGACCAGGUGCCUUUAGUCAUGGUUACCCCCAAAAUACCUCUGAAGAGGAAGAGCAUGAAGAGCUGCUCAAGAAAGACCCCAACUAUUGCCAAGAGCGCUGUAAAAGUGAUCCGCAGGAGUGGCAUCUCACGUGCCUCUAUGAAAGUGAAAAAUUCCUGGGCAGACAUUGUGAAAUUUGGUCAAACUAAGCCUCAAGUGGUUGCUCCAGCUACAAAGAUGGUCCCCAAAAAGACCACAAAGAAGACUGUGUCCAAACCACAGACACCCGCAAGAAAACUCAAGGGCCACGUCGGCACUGGACACGCAGAUUCACCUGCUACCAUUGUUGUGGGCAGAGCUCACAAACAAAGCAUCUUACAACAAACUGGUGCGGCGCCAAGAGUGGUCACCAAUAUUGUACUCUUGAAAAAGAACAUGAAAAUGGAUGAAGACUUGACUGGAAUUUCUGAAAUGUAUAAAACCCCAGUAAAUGAAAGGAAGAGAUCAGCCAUCAAUAAAAGUGUCCCCGAAACACCAGGGGGAGUGGUCGAACCAUCAGUUCUGAACACACCGGAGGGGCCAGGGGAAAUGGUUGUUUCUCCCCUGAAUGUGGCAUCUACAGUGAAAGACAGAAGUUACAACAGUGAAGCAGUUCAACGCCUCCUGAAUGAAGAUAAAGACUCCAGCUUUGUCAGUGUGAUCCCUGCGUUAGAGACUUCCUCUGAUGUGAAGACAAGCCCUGUAAAAACUCCCAAACAGAAACCAGAACAACCCGAGUGUCUGACUGGGGUGAAGAGGAUCAUGAGGACCCCCAAACAAAAACCUGAACCUGUUGAGGACCUGAGGGGGAAGAUUUUGAAAACUCCAAAGCAGAAACCUGAACAACAAGAGUGCCUCACUGGAGUGAAGAGAAUCAUGAAGACUCCUAAACACAAGAUUGAACAGCAAGAGUGCUUCACCGGAGUUAAAAACAUUUUCCAGACCCCAAAACAGGAAGCUGAACCUGUUGAAGACCUUAAAGGAAAUCUUGAAUCUCUUGAUGCUGGUGAUGUGAGCUCUCCAGUGCUGUGUCUAGAAAAAGAACUAGACUUUGUCAAUGAGGAGCUACAAGAAGACAAACCAUCAGAGGUGAUCGAUGAUGUUCCCCAGCUUGACUCAGCCAAAGAAGCUGUUUCAGAUGAAGAUGUCAGUGACACGAAAGAGGAGAAAAGUGAAAACUAUAAUGACUCAUCAGAGGUCAUGGAACCCAUCUCUCAGGCAGCUGAAGAUGAGGGUUUACCUGAGGAGCAACCCGAAGUGGACGCAGUUGUUGAGAAUCUGUCUGAGGAGCAACCCGAAGUGGACGCAGUUGUUGAGAAUCUGUCUGAGGAGCAACCCGAAGUGGACGCAGUUGUUGAGAAUCUGUCUGAGGAGCAACCCGAAGUGGACGCAGUUGUUGAGAAUCUGUCCAAGGAGCAACCCCAAGUGGACACAGUUGUUGAGAAUCUUUCUGAGGAGCAACCCGAAGUGGACACAGUUGUUGAGAAUCUGUCCAAGGAGCAACCCGAAGUGGAGGCAGUUGUUGAGAAUCUGUCCGAGGAGCAACCCGAAGUGGACACAGUUGUUGAGAAUCUUUCUGAGGAGCAACCCGAAGUGGAGGCAGUUGUUGAGAAUCUGUCCAAGGAGCAACCCGAGGUGAUCGAGACUUCACCUGACCAAGUCACAGAAAUGGAGACAGCUGCUGUGGAUCCUGUUCAAAAAAAGAAACCUGUUCGAGGGCGAAGAGCAAAAACUGUGGAACCUGAGACAGCAGAAGAUAAACAAGAGGCAGCAGAACAUUGUGAGGAGCCUGUUGCCCCAGCUCCAGUCAGAGGAAGAAGAGGGAAGAAGACUGAAACCACAGCUCCAUCUACUGUUCGACAGAAGACAAGAAACACAAAAACCACUGAUGCUGAUCUCACAGUGGAAGAAAGUGCCCCUCAACCUCCGAAAGAUGUCCCCAAGACUAGAAGAGGAAGAAACGCCACAAAGGCUUCUGAUGAUCAAGUUACAAGUGCAAAUGAGCUCUGCGCUGACCAGCUAGAAGGGGUGUCUAAUGGAAAUGAUGAAAAUAAAUCAUCUGUCGAGGAGACUGUUCCCCUGGCACCUGUAAUUGAGAGUUUACCUGAGGUGGACACAGAAACAGACACAGCUAUCAGUCAGAAGAAAUCUGUUCGAGGCCGUAGAGCAAAAAUUGUGGAAUCUAAAACAACUGAAGACAAACUUGAGGCAAAGGAGGAUACUGUGGUUUCUGCUCCAGUCAGAGGAAGAAGAGGGAAGAAAACUGAAGCCACUGCAACACCUGCUGUCCGACAGACGACAAGAACCAGAAAUGCCAAGUCUCAAGGAAACGCCUCUGAUGAUAAACUUGAAGUUGCCCCAGAGAAAUCACUGGAAAUGCAACCAGUGGCUGAGAUUCCCUCUGAAGCUGUGAGUGACCAGACUUCUCUGAUCAACACCAGCCAAGAAGAAAAUGAUACUGCUCCCCCUGCAGAGGAAGCUGUAGUAAAGCCUGUUCGAGGGAGAAAAACAAAACAAACGCCUCAACCAGAGCCAGAGAAAACUGAAGUGAGUGAAGGGCCUCUCAUGACAGAACCUCAACAGCUCAUUCCCACUGUUGUGAAACCCAGAAGAGGCAGAAAGAUCAAAUCUGACACCACUGAACAAACUGGGACUUCAGAAGAUACAGCGAUUACGGUAGAGCCCAAGCAGGAGUCUCAGCCUCCAGUCAGGGCUAAGAGGGGAAGAAACGCCAAACAGGGGGAAGAAAAGCAAGAGAAUGAUGUCCAGACUAUUUCAGCUGCAACCUCUGAUGUCCAAGAGCCAGUUAAAAAAUCAAGAAGAACCAGGAAAACUGAGGAAGAACAUGUAAAACCAAUGGAAGAAGAAGAAAUCCAAGCUGAUGAAGCGGUCGUCCCAGAGGAGGCUGAAGCUUUGCCUGUUGCUGAACCACUGGAGAAAAAUGAGCAGGUUCCUGUGACCGCAAAACCCAAGAGAGGAGGACGAAAAGCCAAACUAACUGCUGAAAGUGAAACACCUGUUGAGUCCACUGAGGUUGAAGAAGUGCCUGUUGUCAAACCCAAACGAGGCAGGAGAGGAAAAGAAGCUACUGAAGAGGCUGAAGUACCAGAGGCAAAAUCUGACCAGGAGCUGGAGGAGAAAACUGCUGAGCCAGACGCUCCAGUCGUCAAACCUACAAGGGCAAGAGCUGUGAAAAAUCAAGUCUCACAAGUCAUUCCAGCCAAAAGAGCACGUCGAGGUGCUGCACCUCUCACUGAGGACACAAACACAGAAUCCACCACCCUGGAUUUGUCUGUACCAGCUGCAGAGCCAGCUAAGAGGGGGAGGCGGGCUGCAGCAAAGCCCACAACAGAUGAAUUGACGGUUAUCAUUGACCAGGUGACUACCUCAGAAGACUUAAGCAGUGCUGUUACAGAAGACGUCAAAGUGUCCAAAAGAUCCGUGAAGUGGAAAGCAGACUUGGAAGUCACCCAGAUUCCAAAAGCAACACCCGUAAAAGCUGUCCGAGGAAGGAAGACAAAACUUGAUGCUGAGAGCAAAAACAUGUCGAACGAUGCCGACAAAACUGAAGAGAAGGAUCUCUCAGAGGAAGUUAUUGAAGCUCAGCCAGUCAAGAGAGCCAGACGAGGAGCAAAGGUCGCUGAAGAAACGGUGGAUCCCAAGAAAGAUGCUGAAGCUGAGACACAACCAAAAACCCGCAGAGGAAGAUCAGCAAAGAAAUAAAGGCAUUUGUAUAUAUUUCUAGUCAAAAAGACCGAUUUUUGUCUUUAUAUAUGUUUUGUAUUUGAUGUUUUAGAUCGUUUGGCAUUUUUAGAAACUAGUUUUAUCGACAGGAAAUUGAGCACUAGAUUAUUUUUUUCCUCUUAAAGUCUGCAGGGAAUCUUGUCUUAAUCAUUUAUACAAGUUGUAUGCUAUUCAUUGCCGAUCUUGCAACUAUUUUAACAGUGGGAAAAAUGUCAUUAAAUUUUUUUGUAUGAUUCAAAA